AUGAAAAAGAACGAUCCAAAAAAUAAGAUCAUUAAUAACAAGAAUAAAAAUAAGGUGAGUACAGUAAUUUAGCCUAGAGUUACAGUAAUCUCGAAUAUCGAAUCAAGAUUCUGAAAUUUCUACAGUAAUCCAUAUUUUUCAGCCCACGAGCAUGGUGGUUUCGCGUAGAUCGAAAACGAAUUUAGAAGAAAAAUCAGCAGCGAAUGGAAAAGAACCAAGUCAGCCAGACAAUUCGAAAAGAAAGGGCACUAAAAAUAAAUCCAACAAUAACGAAAUUCCAACUGGAUCGGUUAGAAAAAGAACACCUGGAAAAACAUCAUUUGUGAAAGCAAAAUUUGUUGAAGGAGAAGAAAUUGAAGGAGUCAACAAUUAUAAAAUUGUUUCAUCAAUUUUGCAAACAACAAGACCAUUGAUGCCAGAUAUUUAUGGAGUAAAAGAUGCUGAUCAAGAUGAAGAAUAUCGACUCAAAUUAUGCACUCUUGAAUUAGGAAUCCUUAAAAAGGAGGCUGCAAUUCUUAAAAGAGUUGCAAAAGUUCCGGGAGAUAAAUCAUUUGUUCAAUUGAUUGAAUAUGGAACGAUUGCAGCAAAGAAGUUGGAAUUUAUUGUUGUCUCAUCUUUUGGUUUGAAUUUGGAUCAAAUCAUCAAAAAAGUCACACAAUCUCCAUUAUCAAUUGGUUGCGGUUUGAAUGUGGCAAUUCAAGUUUUGAAGGCGAUUAAAGAUUUGCAUUCUUGUGGAUUUCUUCAUAAAAAUAUCAAUCCUUCGUCGUUGUUUUGUGGUUUGGGAGAGAAAGAAGCGACGAUUUAUUUGCAGGAUUUUCGAGCACAUCGCAAAUUUAUUGAUGCCAACAAAAAAACGAUUGUAGGUUUUUGGAAGGAAAUUUGAGAUUAAAGAAGAGAAACUUAUUUCACAUAGAAAAAAAUAGAACAAUUUUUGCUGCUGUGCGGUGUUUGCAGACUCGAAAAAAGCCCGUCGCGUUUUCACGUUUUUCCACUUGUCAAAGAAAUUUCGUUCUUUUUUCCAUUGAAAUUUAGAGAGUGCGCCGCAAAAUUGCAAAUUUUGAAAAUAAAAAAGGGCGGAGUCGUGUGUCUUCACGCGGUCAGAACAAUGAGUCCGCAAUUUCACGUGAAAAAGAAAAAUGUUUUAUUUUUUUCUAUGUGUUAUUUCAAAAUUUGUUUGAAAAUCCUUAAAUUCAAAAUUCCAAAGUUUUUACUCGAAAAUAAUUUUCAGGCAGCUCGCCCAAAAGUCAAAAGAUACGGUUUUGCUCGAUUUUGUUCUCGCGCAACUCAACAAGAAAAAGAUCAAGGAAGAAAAGACGACUUGGAAUCCUGGCUCUACACAAUUUUCUGGCUCAUGGAUCAUGAUUCAUUAUCUUGGAAAAAAGAGAAAGAUAUUCCAACAAUUUUGAACCAAAAAGAUGCAUUUAUGAAAAAUGAAAAGGAAAACGAGAUGUUUAAAAAUGUGCCGAAAGAAUUGAAAGGAUUGAUUGAGGCGAUUUCACCAAUGACAUUUGAUACUGAACCAGAUUAUGAGAAAUUGAAUAAGAUAUUACAAGAGGCACAAACAUCUUUGAAAUCGACUGAUGUUUGUGAUUGGGUUGGAAAAAGUGUGAAUGGUCCGAUGGAUGGAGAAACAAAAAAUAGUGCGGAUAAUAAAAUGAGCGGAGAAGGUGAAAUCAAGUGAGUUCUGAACUAGAAGAAUAAGGUUUUCAAGAAAAUAGGUACUACUGUAGUUUCAGAAAAAUUGAAAGUUGUUUUUCAGUAUCCGAAUUACAAAGAAGAAAAAAGGAACUCGUAAAAAGUUGUCACCUGGAGAUAUUAUCAAAAAUGCCGAUCAAAAAACCGGCUGGAAAAAUGUGUGUUUACUCGGUUCUGGUGGUUUUGGUGAUGUUUAUAAAGUGCAUCGCGAAGGAGCUUCUCCUGAUAAAUGUUAUGCUCUAAAAACUGAAAGUGAAGAAGGAGAAAAACGAUUGCUUCGAUUGAAAAUUGAAGUGACAGUUAUGAUGAAAACAUCGGAUAAAGAGAAGAAAUUUGAGCAUUUUAUCGAAUUUGUUGAUCGUGGAAAAUGUGAAGAACUUCGUUGCAAAUUUGUUGUCAUGGGAUUGGUUGGACCAUCUUUAGAGGAUAUUCGAAGAAAAUAUGUUGUUUCGAAUUUCACCAAACAUACUUGUUUCAAUGUUUUUAUUCAAACAGUUAUUGCAGUUCGAGAUUUGCAUUCUUUGGGUUUUUUACAUCGAGAUAUUAAACCAGCGAAUUAUGCAGUUGGAUUGAAUGAAUUCGAAUCAGUUGUUUAUAUGUUGGAUUUUGGAAUCGCGAAAUCAUAUUUGGAUGCUGACGGAAAACACAAAACACCAAGAAAGAAGGUCAAAUUUUUGGGGACACUCCGAUUUGCAGCAAGAGCAUGUUUGAAACAAGUUGAACAAGGGAGGAAGGAUGAUCUUGAAUGUUGGAUUUAUAUGGUAAACUUUAAACUUUCAAAGAACUAUUUCAAAAAAUAUCACUUUUUAGCUGUUCGAUUUGAUUGAUGAUGUUAAUGGAUUGCCUUGGAAACGACUUUCUGACGCAAAAGCCAUUUUGAAGUCGAAGGAAAAGUUUUUCUCAAAUGAAUGUGAGUUUUCCUCCCCUUCUUCUUAUUAUUUUCCUUAUUAUAAGCUAUCAAUAUUUUUUUUAAUUUCAGUCCCGGAAGUUUACAAAAGAAUGCCUAAAGGAAUGUAUACUCUUCUUCAAUAUGUCAAUAACUUGGAACACGAAUCCGUGCCGGAUUACGAAUAUAUUCAAACAUUUUUGAAAACUUGUGCAAAAGACAAUGGAAUUAAGCCGGAAAAGAAGUUGGAUUGGAUUGGAAAAUUGAAAAAGAAGGCGUUUGAAAGUGAAUCGGAGAAAUCGGAUCAGAAAAAUUCGGGAGAGGAUUCGGAAUAA